UUCACUCACUUAACGCUAACUGAGAAUGGAAGAUUGGAAUGGUCAUGUCAUCAACAAAAGGAGUGGCUUUGGAGGGAGAUCAGCAACAACUACUACAAGAUAUGAUUGUCAUGAAAACUUUGAAGAAGAAGAUGUAUGGGAUAUUGCUGUGAAAGAGAGUUCUCAUGAAGAUUCAAGUCCCACAAUGAAGAAGCACAUUUCAUCAUCAUCUGGUUCUUCUAGAAUAUUCCCCAACACUUCUUCUACUCCAAGAAAUAUCCCAAGAAGGGCCAACACUCAAACGACAACAAAUGAUCAAGCCAAAGUGGCAGUACAAGUUCGACAAGCCUCAGCCCCCAUGAAAAUCCCGGAUUGGUCAAAGAUUUAUGGGACUAGCAAUGCCAAUAAUAUUAAUGGUCAUGGCUAUGGAGAUUAUCAUGAUCAUGCUGAUUGUAAUGAUGAUGAUGAUGAUGAUGGUGGUGGUGGUGAUGCUGGUGGUGGUGAUGAUGAUGAUGACAUGGUUCCUCCACAUGAAUGGAUUGCUAGAAAGCUCGCGAGGAGUAAGAUUUCAUCUUUCUCAGUGUGUGAAGGAAUUGGAAGGACGCUCAAAGGUAGAGAUCUUAGCAAGGUCAGGAAUGCUAUUUUGACAAAAACUGGUUUCUUAGAGUAAAAAUAUAUAAUUAGUGACUUAUUUCUUCAUCUUGUUCUUCAACGUCAUCAACAGUAAUUUUGCCGCACAGUGUUACUUUCCCUAUAUCAUUACUAGC